GUCCCUUGCGAGUACCAGUUCCACGCAUGCAAUGUCUGGGUUUCCAAUAAAUUGUCCAAGAUCCAUAAACGUAGCAACCUCUCUCUGACGGAAAGAUUCAUCCCGUAUUGGAGCAUGGACCAAGAGUACGGGUCCAACGUUCCGCUGCGCGGUGGCAUUCCACGUCUGUCAAGGCUACCCAUGCCACGUCCAAGCGCGUCUAUCGACAACCUGAAGCUCGCCGCCAGGUCAUCAACUGUUCCAGGAAUGCACCAGGAUGACUUACGAAAGAAGUCCAACUUACCUCGCCCAGCAGGCCCUCCAGGGCCGUUGGGAGAAAGUUUUAAUCACAAAAUCCGCUCUCGUUACGCAUGGAACGACAAAUCCGGGAAACCAAGAAGCGCGUCUCCCGUCCGAGACGCUCUUCGUGACGCGCACACCGCAGUCUUGGAUACCACACCACCAGGCACGAAGCACGAUGUGCCGGUAUUCGAGGACGCUUCUGAAAAUCCAAGCAAUGGUGAAGCCAUUAAUGAGACGAAAGACCGGCCGAAACCUCGACCAUCGUUGUCAGAACGGACAAUCGAAACUCUAUCGACAGUAUCACCCUGUCCGGCACCCAUGACAAGGAGAUCAAGCCUGUUUAGCACUGACGGCAUCCCACCUCCUGUUCGGCCGACCUCGAGGAUAUCCCGUCCCACAACGCCAGCAACACCUCGUCCAGAAUCCCCGAGCAAGCGACAUUUUCGGCCUCCAGGAAGGAGCUCACCAGCGAAAGACGUCGUACCUCUUCCGCCAGUCAUUUCACCAGGCGACAUUUAUACUCCACCUAAAGCCUUCGUGAGAGGCCAGCGGUCGAGGAUUGCAAAGCCUCUACGAGAUCCCAGGAGGUCAGCCAGCUCCGCUUUCGAAAUUCCGUCUUUAGAUCACCACAUUGAUCCGUCAGGGGAACCCCCGGCCCAAACCAUGAGGUCGAAGCCGGUCUACAGUAGCAAAACAAUAUCGUCAUAUUCUACAGCACCGAAGCCAUCGCUUGCGUCAAUAUUCAGAGAUCCUGCCCGAGAUCCUGCCCCUACACCCAAGCGUGAGACCAAGAACAAUGCUUCGGGUACUGGUCCGAAGCCCACUGUUGCAAAGCCCAGAUCAAAACUCCAGGGUCAGAGCAGCUCGAAGUCGGAGCAGGAUCGAGAUCCCCUAAUGGGGCAAGAUACGCAGACGACCAUGUCUCCAAAGUCGUCGGCGGUUCUACGAGAGACGAUCGCAAAAGCAAAAGCCGCCAAAAGAGAAGCGCUAAGAAAGUCUGCUGGAGCACCGGAGAAAGCUUCGACAGAUCCUACCUGGGAGCUUGAGGUCCCUGGUCAGACGAUCGAACGUGGAGAUAACAAGGGUUUGUUACGAAAACGUGUCCAACAGGCUGUCACGACAGGGCAACUGAACAUUGCCGGAAUGAGCUUGAAACGAAUACCUCCAGAAGUAAUGAACAUGUAUGAUCCAGAAGACCAAAAGUUAAACUGGUCCGAAAUGGUGGACCUCACGAAAAUGAACGCAGCAGAUAAUGAAAUUGAGGAACUCGAGGAACGAUUUUUCCCGGGCUAUUCGGAUCCUCAGCUCCAGGAUGACGAUGACAAGAGUAACCAGUUCGGCGGCCUAGAAGUCAUCGACCUCCACCGAAACCACAUUCAUCAACUGCCCGUCGGAAUUCGGAGACUGACAAGACUACAUUCACUCAACCUGAGUGGUAACAGAUUGACCAACAAUGCGUUUGAGAUCAUUGGGCAGAUCCCGCAGCUGAAAGAACUCAUGCUAGGUGAAAACCUCAUUGGCGGAGCAAUAGUUUUAGGAUCCAGGACAUUCGAGCAUCUUCAAGUGCUCGAUAUUCAUGGCAAUGCCAUAGAGUGCUUGGAGGAAGAGGCGCUGUCUCAGCUAAAAGGUCUCAAGAAAUUGGACAUCAGUGCUAACAAGCUAUCGAGGCUGCCAUGGGGUGCUUUUGUAAGCCUGCCGCUUGCAGAAUUGAAUGUCUCUAAGAAUCAAUUGUCCGGCAUGCUCUUCGAACAGUCGACUUCGUUGCCAGAGAUCCGUGUUCUGGAUGCGUCGUACAACAAUCUGGAAGGCCUAGCUGAGGACGUGCUCGAUUUCCGCAGCUUACGUUCGAUGAACCUGGACGGCAAUCGACUUGUCAAGCUGCCUGGACUAACGAGGUGCAAACACUUGCAAACCCUGACGAUUGCAGAAAAUCAGCUGCAUGAUGUGCCUGAGGGUCUGUCGCAGCUCGAAGCUCUGGUGACUGCAGACUUUGGUCACAACAGCAUCAGGAUCGUUCCUCCCGAGAUAGCAGGCAUGAAGAGCCUCUCGAGCAUGAAUCUGGCAGGAAACCCGCUCCGAGAGAAGAAGUACCUGACUAUGAGCACCGCUGAACUGAAGCUGGACCUUGAGAAGAAAUUCGAAGCGCCUGAGCAUGGAACUGAAUCACCUGAGAUAAAAUCGAAGCCAGAAAGUGACUGUCGAUUUAAGGUAUCUCAGGGCACUCUCGAUAUGUCUUCUCAGUCCCUGUCGGCAAUAAACCUGCUCGAUAUUGAGCUCGACGGAUCAGAGGGCCCUAUCCGGACUCUAAAACUUUCCAACAAUGACCUCACCAUGUUCCCGGUCGAACUCCUCGCCCACCCGAUGCUAAAGUACUCUUUGCAGUUGUUGGACCUCAGUCACAACCCUCUCUUGCAUUCAACGGAGUACCUGACUUCCGAACUGUUUCUUCCGAACCUGAAGUCUUUGUAUAUCGUUAGCACCGGUCUCACUUCUCUGGACGCAUUGACGACGUAUCUGAAAGCGCCGGUUUUGCAAGAACUCAACAUUUCCUGCCAUCGAUUGGCGGGUCGUGUCCCAUGGGUGCGAGCGUGGUGGCCAACCUGUACUACCUUGCUUGCGACGGAUAACUGGUUCUCAAGUGUCGAUGUUGAGGGUGUCCGCGGUCUCGAGGUGCUCGACAUCCGCAACAACGAGAUUGAGAUGCUUCCUACUAGGAUUGGCCUGCUGGGAAACAAGCCUGGCAGUGUCAAGGAACCCGGAAAGCUGCGAUCGCUCGAAGUCAGUGGUAACAGAUUCCGCGUCCCGAGACUCGCUGUUGUCGAGAAGGGCACCGAUGCAGUCUUGAAAGAUCUGAGACGCAUGAUCACGGUGGACGAAGUGCCCGAGGAAUGGAGGGAGUUUAUCUGACCUGCACCAACCCGAUCUCGCCAACCCCUAGUCGGGCUUAUUCUCUUCUUGAUAUGGUUUGUAGCCUAGGACGUGAGGUCUGACAGGCAUCUCCCACUUGAAGCUUCCUGUCCGAAUCCGGGAGUUGGACGUACUCUUAGCGGAACACUCCGUUGAAAUUCGCCGUUGCAUAUGUUAAUUUAUCAUUGCUCAGCGAACGACAGAGAGGAAAAUGGGUCUUCCAGCACCAUUACUCUGUAAUACUUUCAGGAUACCUUAUGGAUAGAUCGAUCCUGAAAGGGUUAGAUAUUUAGAUGUAUAUUUCAAAAACAUGAAUUUACCAA